CUUUUAUUAAUAUAAAAUUUAUUUCACUUACAUCAUAAUAAAUGACAAAAUAAAUCAUUAAUGUUGACCGAAAAUGACGGAAUCAACCAUUUCAUAUACAAACUUAAUAGAUAACUUUGUAGAUUCCAGUUCACCAUUACGAAAUUCAACUUGUUUAAAAUCAGAGAAAAAUGUCCAUUCUUCAUCGUUGUCAGAAUUCAAAGAUGAAGCGGAUCACGUGGAAUAUCAAAUAAAAAAGAAUGGGGAAACACAUCAGUUUUAUUGCUUUCAAAUGGAGGAAUCUGUGCUGAAUUCAUCUUCAGAAUUAAGUGUUAAUCAAAAUUCUGAGUACAUGCAAAUGAAUAAAUCAAUUUUUAACAAUUAUAAUAAAAAUACAUCUACUGACUGGACAAAUUGUACAAAAACAUCGCAAUCACAUGAAUAUCAAGCAUUUCCUGUUUAUGAUUUUACAUCAUUUCAAUAUCAUCGUCAUCAUCAUUUGACUUCACAGUAUGAUCACUAUCAACGUCAUUUACACAAUACCAUUCAUUCAACUUAUCCAUUACAUCAUAUGUUUAAUAAAUAUGAUGAGUCGAGUAAUGAAACGAAUUUUCACAUUGAUAUUACAGAGAAACACAAAAUAAAUCACAAUCAUAGUGAUGAGAAUAAUAAUAACACCUCUAAUAACACUGAAUGUAGUAGUAAUGGUAGUAAUAGUAGUAAUAAUAGUAAAACUUUGAGUAAAAAAUCUAAAAGAGCUCGAACAGCUUAUACACAAACACAAUUGAUAGAAUUAGAAAAAGAAUUUUGGUAUAGCCAAUAUUUAUGUCGACCGCGUAGAAUUGAAAUAGCUUCAACACUUAAAUUAACUGAAAAACAAAUCAAAGUAUGGUUUCAAAAUCGUCGUAUGAAAUUUAAACGACAAAAACCGGGAGAAAAUUUAUAUCCAUCUACAAGUCAUGGAGUUAUGGAUACUUCAAAUGGAUUCAUCAGAUCAGGAUUUCCAACUCGAUGUCAUAACUCAAUUGAUGGAAUUCAUUUAACUGAAGCAAAUUCAACAAUACGGUUUAAUCAUAAUUCUAAAACUAUUGAGUAUAAUACUUGUAAAUGUAUCAAUAAUCUUGAAAUAACUGACAAAUAUGAUACACAACCAUGUUCAAAUAAAUUAGAUAAUACAAGUAUUUUCAUACAUCAUAACUUAGAAACCAUUAAAACAAAUAAUAAUGAUCAAUUAGUUGAAUGUAAAUUAAAACAAAACAGUGAUUUAUACAAUAAAUAUCUAGUCAAUAAUGAAUUAUUACCAACAGAUCAUUGUUCUAAGAACUUACAUUGUGAUGAACAAUUUACCUCAUUUAAUCCAUUAACAUAUUCUAAACAUAUACAUAUCAUGAAUCAACAACCAAAUUAUUUACAUGAACAAGAGAACAAUUGUUUCUCAGAAUUAAAUUCUCAUUGUUUACAAGAUCAUCAUCAUCAUCAUAACUAUUCAUAUCACAAUGUAAAUCAACUGCUUGAACUGAACAUGACCGGAGCAUUAUCAGUCAAAGAUUAUUCUGAUUGAAUUAAUCGAUUAAUUCAUUGUACAUUAUGUUGAAAGAUAUAUUCAGUACAUUAAUAAUAAGUUUGUUAAAGAGUCAAGGAUACUCAAACACGGAUUAUAUAUUUAUAUUACAUUUUCAAAAUAAUUGUAACCUUCUACGAAUUAAUCUGUGUAAAAUAAAACUGAUAAUCGUUUAACCUAGUAGAAUUUCUUGAAGAUAAGCAA